UGUUUCCUUCAGUGGCGUUGUUCGGGCGAGCCGAGACGAGACCGCUGCCGUCUGGAAAAAAAAUUGUCGUGUGGCAGACCUAAACAUUCUUCGUAUUUAAACAUUUUCUAACGCCCGAAAAAACGGCAGUUUCAUAUUUUUAGAACCAUUUUCCUGAUAGUUUUCUAAAUCAUCCUGGAGAAUGGCUUCCUCUGAGGUGAAUGGUAGUUCGGCCCCAGUAAAGGAAGAAGAGGAGCCCAUGGAUGUGACAACAACUCACACAGAGAACUACCAGACGCUCAUCGAUGCAGGACUUCCCCAGAAAGUGGCUGAAAAUCUAGACAACAUUUUCCAAACAGGUUUGGUGGCGUACGCAGACCUGGAUGAAAGGGCCAUCGAUGCUCUACGGGAGUUCAAUGAGGAGGGAGCUCUUACAGUGCUGCAGCAGUUCAAGGAGAGCGAUCUGUCCCACGUGCAGAAUAAAAGUGCAUUUCUUUGCGGAGUCAUGAAGACGUACAGACAGAGGGAAAAGCAAGGCAGUAAGGUACAAGAGUCCACUAAAGGCCCAGAUGAGGCAAAAAUAAAGGCUCUCUUGGAGCGAACGGGGUACACCCUGGAUGUCACCACCGGACAAAGGAAAUAUGGAGGCCCCCCGCCUGAGGAGAUGUUCAAAGGCACACAUCCGGGGAUUGGAACGGAGGUGUUUGUAGGAAAAAUCCCCAGAGAUUUGUAUGAAGAUGAGCUUGUGCCGCUGUUCGAGUCGGCCGGUCCCAUCUGGGACCUGAGGUUAAUGAUGGACCCCCUCUCCGGGCAGAACCGAGGAUACGCUUUCAUCACGUACUGCAACAAAGACGACGCCCAGAAGGCCGUGAAGCUUUGUGAUAACCACGAAAUCCGCCCUGGCAAGUAUUUGGGAGUUUGUAUAUCUGUUGCGAACAACCGGCUGUUUGUUGGAUCGAUUCCUAAAAACAAGACGAGGGAAAGCAUACUGGAAGACUUUGGCAAGGUUACAGAGGGUCUUCAGGAUGUGAUUUUGUACCACCAGCCGGACGAUAAGAAGAAGAACCGCGGCUUCUGCUUUCUGGAGUACGAGGACCACAAGUCUGCCGCUCAGGCUCGGCGGCGCCUGAUGAGCGGGAAGGUGAAGGUGUGGGGCAACCCCGUCACCGUGGAGUGGGCUGACCCGGUCGCUGAACCUGAUCCAGAGGUCAUGGCAAAGGUGAAGGUGCUUUUCGUGAGGAAGCUGGCCACGGCGGUGACCGAGGAGCUGCUGGAGAAAACCUUCUCACAGUUUGGAAAGUUGGAGCGAGUGAAAAAGCUGAAAGAUUACGCGUUUGUUCACUUUGAGGAGAGAGACGCAGCUGUACAGGCGAUGGAGGGAAUGAACGGCAAAGAGCUGGGGGGAGAGGAAAUUGAAAUCGUUUUGGCAAAGCCCCCCGACAAGAAGAGGAAAGAGCGCCAAGCGGCGCGGCAGACCACCAGGAAUGCUGGAUAUGAGGAUUACUACUACUAUACCCCCCCUCGCAUGCCGCCCCCAGGCCGAGGCCGGGGUCGCGGCGGCCGAGGGGGCUAUUCCUACCCCCCUGAUUAUUACGGUUAUGAAGACUACUAUGACGAUUACUAUGGCUACGACUAUCACGACUACCGCGGGGGCUACGAGGACCCGUACUACGGCUACGAAGACGUGUACAGCAUGAGGGGCCGCGGCACCCGCCCCAGCAGGGGGGGGCCUCCUCCCCCUCGGGCGCGGGGAGCCCCGCCGGCGCGAGGCCGGGGCGGCUACCCUCAGAGAGGACCGCCCCUGGGCGGGCCGAGGGGCGGCCGCGGCGGGCGGGGCGCUCCCUUCCAACCCCAAAGGGGGCGCGGUCUCCGCGGCGCUAGGGGCAACCGCGGCGGAAACGUGGGCGGGAAAAGGAAGGCCGAUGUGUUUAACCAGCCCGACUCCAAGCGCCGCCAGACCAACAACCAGCAGAACUGGGGGUCCCAGCCCAUCGCCCAGCAGCCCCUGCAGCAGGGGGCCGACUAUUCCGGUAACUAUGGUUACAGUAAUGACACCAUGGAGUUUUCACAGGAUUCUUAUGGGCAGCAGUGGAAAUAGAUGGCAACAAAAAAGAGAAACGACAAAAAAAAUAACAGGAGAUUGGCCUCAUUUUUGUUUUUUGAUUGACUUUUUACUCUCCAUCCAUCCUGAGAAAAAACAAACUGUACAUAUUUAUGGUAGAAAACAUGGACAGACUGCAGAAUUGGCUCAAGAUGAUUGGCUGGAGUCCUUUUGGCUGAGGAAAUUCAUCAUUGGGACACGUCUUCAAAAUAAUAAAAAUCCCUUUUGUUACUUUUUGCUCCUGGUUCUUUAAAACGAACAUUGACAGAAACGCGGACAUUCAUUCUUCCAAAUCUUAACGAGGACGUCAGUAAUGCUUAUUGCCUUGCAGGAGGUUUUUGUCCAUGCUCCACCUUCCCUUGUACUCCCUUUAUUUGUGGUUUCUCUUAGCUGCUUAGGGACUUGCUUGUAAAUAAACGCAUAUUGUUAGAGCUUCUUACUUAAUUUUUUUUCUUUUUGCAAUGGUGGAGAAAAGAAUCCACAAGAAGGAAGGAAAUCAAAGUUUUGUAUUGUUCAAAGUGUAUGCCUAGCAUUUCUAGAACUAGAUAAAUUGUGUUGUUUUUUUAUUUUUAAGUGAUACCAUAACUUCCUUGUUUUUUCCUUUCAAUUUGCUUCGUAGAGUUUGGUUUGGCUUACCUUAAGAGCCGUAGGAGUUUGGUCCCUGGUGUUCUUUGUAUUUAUAACUUUUGCGUUUGUUUUGUUUCAAUAAAACUCCGCUGAGCAUCAGUCGAUUGUCAAACACUUCAAAUUCAAUGUUGUUCUUCCACAUUUGACUUGAUUUGAAGCUCAACUCUAAAAAAAGAUUUGAAAUUGUACCGCUAAGCGACUGGACUCGAGGAGAUGUUUGGAUUAUGCCGGAGCUUUACUCCACAUUGUGUGUUCAAUUCACUUUUUCUAGACGAUUAAAGCUUCCAAAAUUCAAAA